CUUCCAGCUCAAUUCCUGGGCUCUAAGAAUGGUGGAUGUGAGGUGAGCAAUUAUAAUUUCUUUGCAUUUCUGCUGGGGUUAGCAGAACUGUCAACCACAGCGACCAGGCACAGCUACAUCACACAUGAGCAUAAUUUCCUGCACAGGUGCCGUGGAGUUUCACAGCACAGACUGCCCUUAGUCGUUUCUGCAUUUCUCAAGCAGACCGGUAGCACAGUGUACAGCACGUUUUGGCUGUCACAAUGUUACAGGAAGGCAAUUUAACCACCAAUGAAACCUGUGAGAUCCAUUAUGGUGUACUGAAUUCCUUCUUGCCAACUGGCUACAUUGUCAUCUGUUGCAUUGGUCUGCUGUGCAACACCGUCACCAUCUACAUAUUCUUCCUCCGGCAGCACACAGACACUUCCAUGUCCAUCUACAUGCGUCACCUUGCCCUCGCCGACACCCUCUUGGUCCUGUGUUUGCCGCUACGGGUCUACUACCACAACAAAGAAGGUCCCUACUACCUGUGCAAGGUGGUGGGCAUAUUCUUCUACAUCAAUAUGUAUUCCAGCAUCCUGUUCCUCAGCCUCAUUAGUCUGGAUCGCUACUUGAAAAUCAUCAAGCCCGUUUGGGUGUUCCGCAUCCAGAAGACGAAAUGGAGCCAAAUGGCAAGCUACACCAUUUGGGUGCUGCUCAUUUUAGGGUCAAGUCCCUUCUUCGCAAAAAACAAUGAUCUGAAAUAUCCAUGCGACAAGAUCUGCUUCCACUUCCACAGAAAGGGUCCUCUCGGUGGUGCAAUUAAUCUGACUACAGUGGUGUUAUUCCUUGUUUUUUACCUGGCUUUUCUUUGUUUUUAUGGGAAGAUUACUAAUAAACUCAGGACUAUGUCCAUGGGUAAUGGCGAUCCUAAGGCACAAAGUCGCAAAAAGAGGAUUAUAACAAAGACUUUCUUGAUUCCGACAAUUUUUACUUUGUGCUUCUUGCCUUACCAUAUAGUACGGAUCCCAUACGUUCUGGCUCAACUGAAUGUGAUCGGGGAUCUUCAAAGCCAACAAUUGUUGCACGUUUUAAAUGAGGGUACCUUGCUGCUAUCGACUCUAAAUAGCUGCCUAGAUCCAAUUGUCUUUUUUUUCAUAUCCAGUGCAUACAGGAAAACCAUCCUUUGUGCCAUCCAGGGCAAGUUUAAAAGCAUGUACGCUUUAAACAGAAGAAUCAGCAUAAACCAUUCAAUCACUGAAAUUUAGAGAGCGUCACGGAUGGCUUUCUAUUAUGUGUGAUGUCAACUGAAAGCAAAUUUAGUAGAUUCAACAAAAUCAGUUCUUCAGUUUAAAUGAUGUAAGUGUUUUUAAGCAUGUCCUGUGUUUAUGUGCAUGGGUAGUUGACAUGAAAUACUUUUUGGAAGACUUUCUGUACUCUCAGAAUAAAACAAUUAAGGUACAAGAGCCGUCAAUGGGGUGGUACCCUCAAGGGGAACUUUUCUUAAAGUUCAUAACUCAUUUUGGGUACAUACAGUACUUGUACCAUUAACCAUUAAAUAAUACUGAGCUUAAUGUACAUAGGCUACUAAUGUUGGCAACUCCUUUAUAAAUAAAUGAAUGAGUGUUACUUAGCUAGUAUAAAAUGUGAGGUAAAACUGCUUACUAUUUGUCAGGUAUUGCACUCUUUUUUGUAUGUUGUUAUAACAGCAUAUAAAUUAAUUAUAAUGCAUUUGUAAACACAUGAAUCAUUAAUGAACCCCUUUAUAAACCCUUAACAAAGGGAACGUUCAUGUAUUUUCACUGUAUUUAACUUUAACUUGUUGAAAAGUUAGUAUAUUACUAAAUUUAGAGGGAAUAACCCGAAUUUAUGCUUGAGAACAUGACCUUUGCAAAUGUCAUGGAUCUCCUUUAGAUGUCACGGCACUGCAGUGAUAUACAUGAGUGCUGUUGCAUUAUGAGUGUUAACCAUUUUUGUGGUGAUGUACUAUAGAAGUAUUAACCAUAUGACAUGCCUACAUCUCACUUCUAAAAGUGAGCACAAUGUGGGAAAAUACAGAUUUAAUAUUUAAAUUGCAAAUAAAAAUGACAUGUUAAUGGAAAAAAAAUGUAAUACACAAAAUAUUUUUGAUAGGAAAAAUGUUUUAAUUUUAUGAUGAUCAGGUAAUUGCACUUGAUUUGGUUGAUUUUGGAUUAGAAUGGUUAAAUUACUACAUUAGCCGUGUUUAAUGCAGUACAUUAGCAAACAUAAUUAUAGAAAUACUACAAAAUGUAGCAUAUUUUUAGUUAUAAAAUGUAUUACUGCCUUUAUGCUUUAUUUAUACUAUCUUCAUGCAUGCAAAUAUGCCUUUAAAUAAUUAUUUUUGUUGCCAUGAACAUUACAGUAAUGAUUAAAGUAAUUUGAAACUUAAAAUUCCAUAUUAUGUACAAAAAAUGUUCUUCUAACA